AUAAAUAGCUCUGUGCUUGAGAGAGAGAGAGAGAGAGAGAGGGAGGGAGGGGUGAUUCCAGAGAAGAGAAAGAGCAGCAGGUUCACAGACAAAUCGUUCUCAAAUUAUAAGCAGUUACAGAUGUCUUUGCAUCUAGGUAAUCUAUCAUCUCGUGCUCAUAGAGAUAAACUUGAGCGUGUUUUUCGGAGGUUUGGCUUGUGUAAUGUACAGCUGAAAGAUGGUUUUGGGUUUGUAGUUUAUGACUUCCCUACAAAUGCGGAGAAAGCUUUGAGAGCACUUCGUGGCAAAAAUAUCUGUGGGGAGCCAAUUACUCUUUCAUGGUCGAAUAGACAGCCUAGACCACUGCAGAGAUUUUCAAGAGGUAACAGGUCUUAUGAGACACAACCUGGAAGAAAGUCUGCCAGAGGAGAAAAUUAUGGUAAUCGAGAAUUGGGUUCAAAAGGUCGACAAGAUUACAAAAUUGGUUUUAAGCAUCCAGUUAAUGAUGGUGCAAGGCUUAAUUCUGCUGACAUGGUUGAUGAAGUGACAAGCAACCAUCAAAACCAUAUCAAAGAAUACAAAGGAGAGAAACACCAUAACUUGAGGGAAGAUUUGCAUGAUGAAGGCGAUAAUGUUCAAAGAAACCUCAUGGACAAUGACAGAUGGGGAGAGAGAGUUGGUGUCCCAUCAAAUGAAAUUGAGGUUGAAGGUGGACUGGAAUUUGACCGCUAUGAACCUUAUGAUGAUGACGAUGAUGAUAGGAGGGAUGAGGAUGGAGACCAGCAGGUGACACAUUCAGGUAGUUCACCAACUUUGAGAAAAUCUCAAGAUAAAAUAGGGAGAGAGCAAAUGGGUAAGGGAGCUUUAAGUCAUCUUGAUGAUCUAAAAUCUCACCAGACUUGCUAUAUUUGUGGGGAAUUGGGUCACAAAAUGCGUAGAUGCCCCCAAGAAAAUGUGUCACGGAGAAAGAAGUUUAGUAGGUUUGAUCGUAGGUGUGACAACGACAUGAAUUUUAGAGAAAAAGUUGAAGGUGAUGUGAAAAGGCUUGGAUCCAAGCCCCAGCGGAGGCUGGUUAUAAGUAGAGAUGCUGUAUUGAUGAGGCGACACGAGAGUAAUGGGAAGACAUCUAGAUUAAGAAAGCAUCGGAGGUUGAUAAGGAGUGGUAAUUCUCAAGUGAAAGAAGAAACUUGUAGAGGAGCAUGGAGAAAGGACUAUGUGGAGAAGAAACAUAGUAGGAGAGAGAAUGGGACUCCAGAAAGACGUUAUGCAAAGAAAGCAAGGGGUUCAGUGUCAUCUCCUGUUCAUUCUGAGUAUACUGCAUCUAGAUCACUGUUGCUUUCAAAACCUUCAACGUUUGUAUCUGGGUCUGGUUCGCAUUCGAGAUCGAGAUCAAUAUCUUCUAGAACAUGUUCAUCUUCUAGGUCAAGGUCUGGAUCAACAUCACAAUAUUCUGGGUCUGGAAGUUAUAAGUCCAGGGCAAGGUCAAGGUCCAGCUCUCCUACAUCAUUGUCUGUAUCUGUAUCCCUAGGUCGGCCUUUACCAUCUUCUCCGAAUAAGAUACAUAUGAAUCAGAAGUGCUCUUUGGUAGAUGCCACUUGUCCUGAAUCAAAGGAGAUUUGGGUUGAGCAGGCACAACUGGUAGAAGGGGAUGCUGGAUCGGACAAUUCUAAACUUGAAACUAUGAAAGUUGCAGUGGAAAAUAAUAAUGCAAUAGCACCCUUCAAAGUGGAAGAGCAAACAGAGAAGGAUAAUGAUGAGGAUAACAACCGUGCUAUUUCCAAGGGUUCAUCUGAAGUAAAAAAUUCUUGUAUCCCACUGUUAGGGAAAUGUGAUGUGACUGUUGAGAGUCUGUCACCACAGAGUUUGGGAGAGAUGAGUAACAUUCACAAUUCUGAUGUGCUUGUCACAGAACAGGUGUUGGUACCAACCAAGAGGUCAGAUUCUGAAGCCCUCAUGAUAGAACAUUUGUCUGCACCAAUGGAGAAGCCAGAUCCUGAAGCCUCUGUAAAAUCCAGCACUUCAAUUCCCACAAGCAUCUCUUCAGAGGAGUGGUACAUGGUUCUGAAACACUAUGGCCUGGAUCACCCAGUGGAAAACGAAAAGGAUUUACCUGUAGAGGCUUACUUUGGUACUGCUCGCUUGUGGCCUUGGGAGAUCAUAUAUUAUAGGAGGCUUAGGAAGGGCCCUAUUUCUACAGAAAAUUAUUCUCGGAGGAUUGCUCAGAAUCAACAGUUUGGUAUUAUUGAUAAAUAUAUAAGAAGUAGUAGUGGAUGGGGAGAGUUGGGCCAAGAAAACUUAUGAACAGCAACUGUUGACCUGGCAACUUAACUGCUUUUUCUGUAGAACCUCAUUGUGGAUCCAUUUUGCCAGACUACUAGUGUAGUUUGCUGUUUACAUGCAAAUUUUCUCCAGAGUUUCUCGGGGUAAAACUUUGAACAGGUAAACUUUCAGAAUAGUUUUGAUUUGGUCAGUCCUAUGUCAAAUUGUUUAAAUCCAUUUUAAUACUUCUUCUUAAGAAUGUGUAGAAUGUUAUUGGAAAGGAUAUUUUAUGCUAGGUAUUAAGUGUGUGUUGUUAUUUUAGGAGAUAUUACUGAUUUAGUUUCUUUCUGUAGUGCGAAAAAGUAAUACUUUCUAGUUUC